AUGAUUAAUAGAUUCUCUAGGCUAUAUUUUUGUUCCUUAAUUAAAAUAGAGCCAGUCAACAUUCACUAUCAAGAUGGACUAUUUGAUACAAACUAUGGAUUACUAAAAAUGACAAGGAAUCCAUACCUAAAACAAAAACAAUUAGAAAGUAUCACCAAUGCAUAUUUCUUGGUGGAUGGAGUUGGAUCCAACUUCAUUAAGAGUCUUUUUAAAAAGGAUAUGAAUUCGUUGAUUAUAUUUGAUUGCGAAAAGAUGCAUUUAAGGAAUGCAAUCGAGAUUUACUAGGCAACCAAAAAGUAAAUCGAUUUGUAAUUUUUUGGAACACCCAAAAGACCUCGCAAUCCAUUCUCAAAAUGCAAAGGCCCCAAAGACAUAUUUAAUCUCUAUAGACAUAUUCAGAAUCAAUAAAAACUUAUGCUUUCAAGGAUGUGUCUCGUUGUCAGCUACAAUGGAGAAGUCAGAAUACAAGGCACAUUGCCAGAAUGUGGAGAUUUGAAAUAUCACUUGGAAGAACAACCUAAUAAUAUCAGUCAAAUAGGAUAUCGCAAAUACAAUUACUUAUUGCCUUUUAGUGCUUAUCAGGGGAUCGUAACUGCUUAUAAUUACGAAAAAGAAGGAGUGGCAAUAGAAUUUUUGAACUAUAAAAAGAUCUAUGCAUUAUAUGGUGUUUUCCCUCCCACUCAAAGACAAUAUUAGGUCUUAUUCCAUUCAUAUAUGCAGAAAUUAGUUAAAAUACAUGAUGUGUAAUAUUGAUAACCAUUUUCUUAUAGGACUCAUUCUUCCCUCUACAAUGUGAUUGAUUUGGGUUGUGGAACUGGAGUGCUUGGAUUCAUAGCAAAUGACGUCCUAUUGAGAAGCUUAAAGGAUAAAGAAAUCAAUAUCUAUUCAUUAGACAACGUUGAGAAUGCGGUUAAAUCUGCAAAAAUCAAUUCAUAAUGUUUGGAANAUUGCCAUUGGAUACGCUUAAAUAUUCAUUUUAACUAAGUUUCCUAAGUGAUUAUUGAUAUAAUAAAAAUAUUUAUCGAAAUUUUAAUCAGAAUAUCUGAGUUUAAAGUUUGA